UAGCUAUCAAUAUUAUUUGUAAUCUACUACAAAUCAGAGUGCUAUUUGCCUGCAAUUCUUUGUCUUUAAUUAAUCGACUACAAUUACAGAGUGAGUACUCGUACGACGUCGAGUUGGUUGUCGCUAACUCCUUAGAGAUCGAGAUCGAAAAUGGUGGUAUAUGCUGAUUCGCAAGCAUUGCACCGGGGAAGUGGCAAUAAUGGGCUCGCUUCGGGCCUUGAAAUCAAGGAACCCGAGGCAAACGACGAGCUGACCCGAGAAAAGGAGGCGUUUAUGGCGACUAUAGUUGCGAGAUACACGCAUAUAUGGCUUGAGAGGAGCAAAAACCAAUUAGGAGAGAGACGUUUCCAGAUGGAAUUUUGUACACUUCUAAAGAGUCACAUUAUUCGGUUUUUAAAGCGGCUCGUAUGUAUAGAAUGAAGUGCAUUCAAAUUGAGACAUUAGUCUCCGGGGAGAUUGAUUGUGUUAAUCUAAAGGCUAAUCUCCUCCAGAACAAAGAUAAACCUGCUAUCAUGAAUAUUACUAUAGGGACUACGGUAAAAGGCGGUGUGGAUGAUCUAGACCUUGUGAUCCAGACUCUCGAAGAGUGUGGCUUCCCACGCAAUCGUUUCUAUAUCCAUUGUGAUGGAGCCUUGUUUGGUGGUAUGCUUCCAUUCCUGCAUCAAGCGUCCCAGGUCACAUUCAAGAAGCCAAUCGACAGUGUCACGAUCUCCGGCCACAAAUUCGUGGGAUGUCCAAUGCCUUGUGGUGUUCAAAUGGUAAGGAAAGAUCACAUAAAAGUUGUAUCUAGGGAUGUAGAGUACAUAGCUUCAAGGGAUGUUACAAUCAUGGGGAGUAGAAACGGGCUAACCCCCGUCUUCCUAUGGCACGCCUUGAGCCGUAAAGGCUAUAACGGGCUUAAGAAAGAGGUCGAAAAGUGCGUGCAAAAUGCCCGUUACCUAAAAGACCGCCUUAGCGAGGUUGGUGUUGGCGUCGUAAGCCUCUGUGAGAUCUAAUUUUAAAGCCAUAAUGUUCCUGCCCUUUCUACUCUUAUGGGUGCAGCCCUACCAAAUUCAGCCCCUAUCAGUUAUCACCACUGAACCAACAGACAAUUGGUAUUGGCUGUUUUUUCAAUUGUUUCUGAUUUUGGUUUGAUAAUUGUAAAAUAGUACUUUACGUUAUUGUUGAUGUCGUCCUCAAUAAUGAAUAAUGAUAUUUGUAUUUAUACCCUUUUGAUUUCAAUGUUAACGAUUUUGGCCGUACUAAUUUUUUCAAAAUUGGAAUAGAGCUCUUUAGGGUUAAUUAAAGGGUAAUUGAACACUGCAA